GGAGGGAGGGGAGCAGAGCGGAGCGGAGCGUGCUCCGGCAGCGACAGCUGCAUCUGCAUCCCGGGUCCCCUCCCCGUCGCCGCCUCCUCCUCCUCCUCCUCCGCGUCCUAGUCCAUCUCCGGCCAGGCACCGUGAGCUCCGGGUCGGGCAGCAGCCGCAGCCUCGUCUGCGCCAGUCCGCGCUAAGAGGUCACGUUGCAACCCCCCUCCAAAGAGACUGACCAGUGAAUCAAAGGCUAAGUGGAUCCAGCCGGCCUCCUACCUGUCUCCAUCUGGUUGGUAAAAGGGUUUGGGGGAGCCUAUAGAGGGAUCCCCAGGUACUGCGUGGGACCCAAGACUCCAGACUGUGAGGAUGUGACCAUAGGUGAUAACUGAAGGUAACUCAGGACAAUGCCACUGGUCAAGAGGAACAUCGAGCCCAGGCACUUGUGCCGAGGCGCCCUGCCUGAUGGGGUCACCAGCGAGCUGGAAUGUGUCACCAACAGCACCCUAGCUGCCAUCAUCAAGCAGCUGGGCAGCCUCAGCAGACAUGCAGAGGACAUCUUUGGGGAGCUGUUCAAUGAAGCCAACAGUUUCUACAUGCGGAUGAACUCGCUGCAGGAAAGGGUGGACCUCUUGGUGAUUAAGGUCACACAGUUGGACUCCACCGUGGAGGAAGUGUCCCUGCAGGAUAUCAACAUGAGGAAGGCUUUCCGGAGCUCCACUAUCCAGAAUCAGCAGGUGGUAUCACGUAACUCCAUCCCCAACCCCGUGAUGGAGAUGUACCAGCGGUGUGACAAGCCCCCGCCACUCAACAUCCUCACGGCCUACAGAGAUGACAAGAAAGAUGGCCUUAAAUUCUAUACUGACCCAUCAUAUUUCUUCAACUUGUGGAAAGAGAAAAUGCUUCAGGCCACUGAGGAUAAGAGGAAGGAGAAACGAAGGCAGAAGGAACAGCGGCUGGUAGAGGACUCCACCAGGGAGGUGAAGAAAGUGAGGAAGGCACGGAAUCGGCGCAUGGAGUGGAGCAUGAUGGCAUAUGAUAAAGAGUUCCGGCCAGAUAACAGGUUCUCGCCAUCUCCGUAUCACAUGGCCUCCUCAGAAGGAUCACUGUCCCCAGAUAAUAGGUCUUACGCAUCUGACAUCGGUGAUCACUCCUACCCAGCCAGUCCCAACCAUCCAGCCCAGCAGGUGUUGGCACCCACUCCUCAUCUGCCCAUGGAACACAAGGAGAUCAUCUUGGCUCCUAGCCAGCUCCCGGAGCUGGCGUACCGGCCCGCAGCCCCAGGAAGUCGGCAGAACAGCCUCGGCCGUGUCCAACAGCCUCACGUGCCGCAGCCUGCAGAUCCGAUACUGAAUGGACCCAGGCCUCAAAUGAUCAAGGACUAUGGGUCUCAGCCAGUGCCCAUGGCCGAUUUCUUUGUGCCACCUGCUCCGCCACCCCCGCCUCCAGUGAUCCCCUCGGCCCAGACGGCUUUCGACAGCCCCAUCUCCGCCCCGCCUGCUCUCGCACCUGCGGCCACUGCCACCCUGGCCCACCCUGCCUAUACACCCUCCCCACCCCCGGCCCCACCCUGCCCAUACUCUGUCUCUCCCCCGCAGACUGGUCCCAUGGGUCCUCCUGCAGCUCCUCCUCCACCCCCUCCUGGCCCCCCAAUGGCCACGGCUUCCCCAGCCCACUCAGCCUCCCCGGGUGCUGUACUGUCUGAACCACGGAAACCUCAGAUCCCAUUGAUACCAAUGAGUGAUGCCAGAAGUGAUCUUCUUGCCGCCAUUCGGAGGGGCAUCCAGCUGCGGAAGGUACAGGAGCAGUGGGAACAGGAGGCCAAGAAGGAGCCUGUGGGCAAUGACGUGGCCACCAUUCUCUCCCGGCGCAUUGCAGUGGAAUACAGCGAGUCUGAUGAUGACUCCGAGCUGGAUGAGAAUGAGUGGUCAGACUAAGGGGGGGGGGCCGGGCCGGGCCGGGCCGGGCUGCUGAGUGUACCAAUGCAGCUCCCCCCCUCUCCCCUCUUCCCUCCUCCCACCCCGAGCCCCCAUGUGACCUUCUCCCUCCCUAUUAAGGCUCCCUCGAUGCCUCCCACCUCCCUAUCCCUGCCCAGGCCUCUGUUGUGGCCAGGAGCAAUGGGCAGCCGGUAGGGCGGCUGGCCUGCGUACUCCAGUGUGAGGGUAGGCAGCGGUGGGGGUGGGGGGAGCUUUUGAAAAAUAGAUCUUCAUCUCUUCGGGCUGAUUUAGAUAGGGUGCUGUGUGUAGGCAGGAAAUGAGUUAGAUGGCUGCUCAAGGUACCCUUAGUACAAGGCUUUUCGGAGAAGAGGGCAGCUCUGCUUGACAUACUUGAGCAAAUGAGAGAAGGCCUUUUCUCCCCUGGCACCCCCCCUCCAGCUCUCCCCACAGUUCUGUGGAAAAACUUGUUGUCCACUGAGGCCCAUUUGGCCCAGACGGUUCUGGAGCGGCUUCUGCCUGAGACUGCGGGGCACUUCUCCGGAGAGUAGCCGUGAAAAGAGGCAGUUUGUGAGGGCUGUGGGGCUCCUUUUCUGAGCCCAGUUGAGCAGAAGCGGAGCCCCUGGAGGGUGCCAGGGUCCUUUCUGCACAGCCUGGGAAUGAAGAGAUGCCCCCCCAGGCAAGGCGCCAAGCAGCCGUCAGCAUGCGGGAGGCUCACCGAUGCCCAGGGAGCGAAGGGUGAACGAGUGGAGGCCGCAGGCUUCCUCGUCAUUGCUUAUGUGGGUAUACAAGGAGGCAGCCUGCUGGGAUGGGAGCACUAGACUGGGAAGCCACACGCCCUGUUCUCCCCGUUCUGACACUUCCUAGUUGGGCAGUCUAGUCAAGAAACUUCCCUCCUUUAGGCUUCAGUCUUGUCAUCUGUAAAAUUAGGGAUUCGGACCAGACGACCUGGUCAUAGGGUUGCUUCUAAGUCAAGACCUAGGCUUCGGAUUCUUUACUUAGUUGGUCAACCUUUUCGGGAGGGGGGCGGGGGGAGGGAGCACUGAGUAAUCAGAUCCGUAAUUUCAUCUGUAUAGGAAACUCCCAGUGUGUAAAUUCUGUCCCCUGAUGCAGAGCAGUACCUCAUCCAUGGCUGCCAGUUUUAGAAUUGCCCAAAGCACCGAGAGUGGACCUAGCUUAGCCAGGGCCACACAGCUCGUAUGUGGCAGAGAAAGGACCUGAUUGUGAAGUCACUUCUUUAGCCAUGAGACCAUCCUGUCUGUCCGUAACAAAAGUUUAAUCCCAAAUCAGUAUUCCCCCAUCCCCCAGCAUGCUCUAGGGGUAACAGAGGCCUGAGGGAGGAAUGCAGAGUGUAAUUAGGCAUGGAAGCUUAUAGUGCCAAAGGUGCCUGCUGAGUGGCCUCGGCUCUUGGGAGACAGAAAUGACUGAGAUUUCCUCCUCUGGAAAAGGGCCACUGGAAGAGCGUUUGCACAGGAGAGCCCCGCCGGAAAGCACGGCUCUUGCCUCUCUUUAGGGCUUUAAGGCACAUUUUGCCUUGCUGAGCCCCGCUUCCCCAGCAGAAAGGGGGAAUGAGAGCACCCCGCUUCCCACUUCCGGUAGAUUUGUAGAGAGAAAAAGAGAAGCCUGUUGGAUAUUUUGAUCAUCUUUGAUGACAAAAGCAGCUCACAUGUCUCCAGUGCAUCGUAGUCACAUAGUCAUAGCUUCAUUCGAGCCCUCCACGCAGUCCAGUGAAGUGGGCAACAGAAGGUUCCUCUUUUUACAGAUGAGGAAAUUGAGGCACAGGAAAGUCAAAUGACUCAUCAGAGUUCACACGGCUUCUAAGUGGCAGAAUCAAAAUGACGUUGGGUCUCCCGAUUGCACUGGACCAAACGGAGCUUCCCUAGAGUCCCUCCUACCCUUUCUCCUCAGUGGGAGCCAAAGGGAGGGGUGCCGUCUCUGAGCAGCGUCUCUGAAUCUUUCCAAAGCUCGGUUGUGGGUGGCAGACGAGAAGUCGUCUGGUCAUCCCGGGCUGUGGGAGCGGCUAUGGGCUGGCUUUAAAAAUCCUUGCCCCCUCCAUGUAGUAAUACUAAGAUUUUUUAAGGACCCACCCAGCAAAUCACCCACAAUGCUAAUAAUAGUGGCAUCUAAUCUGCCAGCCAGACAGCUGGUGCUCAAGAGGGUGAGACCUUCAGGAGCCCACCCUGGGUCUGGGGAGUGUCUGUUGAGGGCCCCCUUUGGGCUGGCUCCUCCCCACCGGGUGCUGCUGUCUACUCUCUGUGGUCCAGGAAGGAGGGCAGCUGAGAACCCCACUCUUCUCAGACUUGGCCCCUUCAGUUCCAGUCGGCGAGCAUCUGCUGAAGUGCCAACUAUGGACCGGAGGCUGCACUAAGCCCUGAGGGGACAGAUGCCCACAAGGAGCUUAAAUUUCAUUCGGGAAGGGAUGUAACAUGCACAAGUGGGUUAAUACAAAGUAAUCGUGGAGCAAAGAGAGUACUAGCAAAUUGGGGGUGGGAAGCGGCACCUGAGCUAAGCCUGAAAGGAAGCUAAGGAUUGGAAAGAGACGGAGGUGAAGAGUGAGGACGUUCUGGGUAUGGAAAGGCCAGUUUGUCUCCUGGGAUCGCCAUUUUAGGAAGGCUGUCAGCCUUUCGUGGGCCAGCUGGGGAACUCCAUAAGGUUCCGCUUUGGGACAAUUCAAGUGUUAGGAAAUGUUUCCUUCUGUGAAGUCGCUGGAAGGGCAAGGGAAUGGCAGCAUCAGGUAACCCGGGUUCAAAUUCCACUCCCAAUACUUCCUAGUUAUGUGGGCCUCAGUUAUCUUCACUGGGCAAUGAGGGCAUCUCAGAAGUCCCUUCCGCCUGGAGAGCUCCGCUCCUGGAAUCUCCCCUCAUUGUCUCCUAGCCUGGCUUAGAGCUCGGGACCUUAAUGAAUCUAGUAACCACUCUGCCUCAGUUUCCUCACUUAUCAUUCUGUGUUCUGCCCGGCAGGACCCAUCAGGCCAUCGCUCCUACUGCUGGUCCUUAAGAGAUGGGGGAAAUGCCCUUCUCCCCCUCCUCACAGCUUCCUCCAUUUUUAUCUCCUCUCAUCACCCCACAAGAAUGUGCUGGGGCUCCUAACCUUCCAGCCGCAGUUCUCUCGGAACAUGGCCCAAGGUCCCCCAAACCCGUUCCGCUUUCUGUGGACAAGUAUGGCCGGUGGCUGGGCCCUGUAGUCAUUCCCCAGGCUGGGGUGCUUAAGGACAACAGAGACUUAGCUGUGUACUCCAGAGCUAGGAUGACCCCAGCCCCACAGCCUUGGCUACAACAGUGGCUUAGCCGGUCCCUGAGGACCCCUGGGAGCUUCAAUGGAGGUAGCUGCCCAGCCUCUGAGGCCGCCAGUGCCUAGUGGCUCAGAAAGGCAGUGGAGGAGCUCUAGCUGACCCGGUCACAGCCUGGGGGCCUUGGCCCACGAUCAGUUGGAAACUUCAAACGACCGCCUGGGCCAGAGGAAAUGGAUUUAGCGGUUGGCUCUGGACCAGGGUCCCAUUCUGCCCCUCCCCUGUGGCCACAGUCCCCAGACACCCCCAAACAGUCUAUUUUUUUGUAAGCUACUUCCUCACUUUUAGAAAAGCUGGUUGCACAGGUGAAUAGGGAGAAUUAGCUAGGCUUCCCAUUCCUCCUCCCUCCCUCAUGACUUCCGUGACCGAAACAGGCCCUCUGCGGACUCCAGAGGCCACGAUGGUUUCCGGUGUUGCCCGUUCCUCUCCCCACGUCACGGCUCUUCCCUGUGUUCUAUGUUCUUCUGGAACUGUCAGAAUUAUGGAAUGUUUGAGCUAGAAGAGACCUUAGAACCAAAAAUGAUGGAUGGAGCCAUCUGUCUGUCAGGGAUCUUAGAGCCUAGAACACAGAGACCACCAGACUGGGAGGAACCUUGGAACAUCAACAGUAGUCGUGGCCUUAGAGUACAAAAUGACAGAGGUGCCAUAGGACAUUGGCAUGGCACAGCUGGCGAGGACCUUUGAACAUGGGAUUUCUGGGGGGAAGAGACCUUAGAACAAAGCCAGGAAGGGCCUGAGAAAACUCUGAAGGUCUGAACUCUGAGAACAAGGGCACCAGAAAUGGGACUGAAGGCCUAGGCUUAAAACUGGGGUUCGAGCGCCAGGAGGAAGAGGAAGCCGGUUCUCACAGAAUCAUGGCACCUCAGGUCUCUAGCUGAGCAGGAGUCCGCUGCUAAGUCUUUGAGCAGCUCAGGGCACGUUUCCUCUGUCAGCUCAGUCAGGACACCUCCUCUGCUCCCCCAGUGUCUGGCUGCCUUCCGAACCCGAGUCCCAGGGCUUGGAUGCAGCUUUCCCUUGGAGCAGUUCAGAGUCGAGGCUUCCCUCCCCUACUUGUCAGACUAACAGAAACGAGGGGUCAUCCAGCCUCCAAGGCCCACCCAGCUUUUCUUGUCAGCGGCUCUCUAGCCAGAUGCCAACGGAUGAUUGCCUUUUAUGCCGGCCUGCUCUCCCCCCCCCCCCACCCCCCCACCCCCCCAGAGAUGGGCCUACCUGCCCCAUAUGAGCCAGGAAAUGGAUGCUACUGAGACAGAGGGAGAAAUGAAAGCGUGAUGAUACUUUGGCUCUCAGAGGAAAGUUUUGAGCAUAGGUGUACGUGGGCGGCACCGUGUAAAGCCAGCAGUCAGAAAGCAUGGCUUCCCAGUCCUCUGCUCUGCUAGUCUCGAGCGCUGUGACCUUGGGCGAGUGAAUUCUUCUUGUGUUCCCUGAAUGAAUGGGUUCGCUCUCUAAUGGCCCUUCUGGCACUAAAUCCUCCCCCCCCCCCCACGCCAGUCCCCUUUUGCUACUUUGCAUGAGUUUGGCCUGAUAUUUGUGCUGCUUGAUCUCUGUGUGGCCACCUCAGGCUUGCUGAUAGUGGGUGGGAGAGGUACUUCCAAAGAUCCAAAUUUGACUUUCGGCCACCGUGCCCUCUUCCUGUCGUGAGUUGGGGAUCUCUUGGCUCUGCUACAUGUGGAAGAAAUGGGAUUCCGGUUAGAGCCAGCCUCUCCAUCCCUAGAAGGAAGGAGAUGGCGUUUCCCUGCCCAGACUGGUCCAGCUCUAGGAGCAUCGGGCAUUUUGUCGGCUGCGGUUGGACAAGUAGACCAUUACACGUGUAUCGUUCGGGUCAGUCCCACCCGUUUUGAAGAAUGGCCUUCUGGGACCCCCAAGUAAAUGAGCAGGCGCUCUGCCUCCCCACUCCCGCCCCAUCCCUGGUGUGCAUGAGAGGAGGGUAAAGUACAGGGAGGGUUUGCGUGACUAGCUUCAGGCUGGGGAGGUGAUUCCAAGAAGGCUUUCUGGAUGGCAGAGCUGGACCUUGAGGACCAGUACCCCAAAUUUCCCGAGCAGCGACAUAAGUGCAGCUGUUGUCCAUUUACGGUCACUUGUCCUGAAGGCUGGCUCACCUAGAGAACCUCUGGCCAGACAGUCGGUUCUUGUGCCCCUGCUUAGGAGGCCCCCUUUUGGGGCUGGAUCCUAUUCCCUUCCAUCUUUUUCCCCCAGCUGAGGAAUUUGACCAUUUUCCACAUCUGCUGCCUAUGUGAUUUGGGCCAAGUCCCUUCACCUCCCCGUGACACAUUUACUUCAUCUGUCAAGUGAUGACAUAGGACUAGAUAAUAUCUGAGGUCCCUUUUAGUUGUAAAUCCCAUCAUCCUUUGCAAAGGCACCUGACCCAUUCGAAUCACUUGGGAUCUAUUGUCUGCAAGACAAACCCUCCCCCAAUCAGUCCAGCUAUUUCUGCACUGGACCACCUCUGCGCAUCUUGGUCCAUCUCCAACUGCUAGAAUCCUAGUGAUUCUUCAAGUUCAAAUGCCAUUUUGUCUAAGAAGCUGUCUUCAUCACCGCCUCCCCCCCCCCCCAACCAAUUGCCUAGAAGUGAGAUCAGAACACUUGAUCCUCAUCUAUGUGACACAGACUAUUCUAAUUUAUAUUAUCUGUGUUUCAUCUGACCUCUUCCACCUUCAGUGUGAGCUCCUUGCAGGCAGCACACCCACAGCACCCAGCACACAGAAGGUGCUAUCAAGGUGAAUGGGAGAGAGGGGAGAUAAGCAAGACUGAAUGUUGGGAUAGGAGAAAAAGAACGGGUGGGAAUUGUUCAGAUGAAAGUCAGGGUUGGUUUCUGAGCAAUACCCCUGCAGGGAGUAGAAAGAGAAGGUAGAGUUGAGCAUUGGCCUUAGGGCAGCCUAAAGGACUUUAGAAUUCCUUGACCCCUUUGUGUUACAUUUAAGAAAACUGAGCUGAGCCCAAGGGCACUGUGGGAGUGAGUGAUCCGUGCUCCCAUCUAGCUGGCACUUUCCUAGCCUCCUGCUCAUCUGAUCCUUGGGAGGGGCACACUGAAAUGCCCUCCAAGCUCCAUUUUUACCAAGGGGCCUUCUGAAGUCCAGAGCAGACAGUACCACAGUAAACCAAGUUGGCAAGAAAGCCAGUGGCGAGAAUGCAGGGCCCCAGCCCCUUGUUCUGGGUUCCACUAAACCUGUCAGAUAUUCAUUCUCUCUCUCUCUCUCUCUCUCUC